UCAUUUUGCAAUCGGUAUAAUAUAAUACGUAAUCGCAGCGAGAAGUCUGUUGACUCUAUUGAGCCUUGUUGCGUCUGUGCAAACACAAAAUAAUACUCGCUGUGCGAGCGAACGAGCGCGACUUUAUCGCGUCAAAACUUUGCCGCUUCCAGAUCAUCGAGACACAUGAUCCAACCUGCGAGCUACGCUGCAUAUACGAGUCGAUGAAGCAAAUCAUAAAUUGUAAUUUGACAACCAAACGAAAAGGUAGCCGAGGGAAAAUGAAUCGUUUCAAUCAGUCAGGAGUUGGUUAUUAUCGAAAAUAAAAGCCGACGAUGCAAAACGUCGAGUGGUUUAUUAUUGUUGGUCGAUUGUAAAAAUUACUCCAUCGACAAGAGACGAAAGAGACGGUGGAAAUUAAAAGCGGCCGAGUUAGAGAAGGGUCAUUGCUCAAAGCGAAAAAAAAAAGAAAAUCAUGCUAUCGCCGACGACGAUGCUGCGCCGAUGAGGCAAGGUAGUCGUCACACGAUGCGCCACAGCCAUUGCAUCGCGAUCGCGAGAGCCGCGCGGGGGCAUUUCAGCGAGAGAAGAUCGGCUUUCCUCGGGCGAACAAGAAGAAGUAGAAGAAGAGCCUCCCGCUCCGCGAGCUCGAAGAUAAACACCGUAGUCACGAGCGAGUGAGAAAGAGUGAGAAGGAAUCUGGAAAAAGGAGGAGAAGCGAGAUAUAUUGUUGUAAAGACGAAUUAAUAUUCUCGCUGUAUCGCGAGCUCGUGUGUGUGGGUUUUCGAUUGUAAAAUAAGCAACGCGAGCCGCGAUAACCCCGUUGGCGUGUACAGCAAGUGCAUUCAUCCUUUUUUCACCCCAACGUUUUUUUUCGAGCUUGCCGCCGAUGGCCCUCCUCCUCCUCCUCCUCCUCCUUCUCUCGUUCGAUCGUUUACUCGCGUUAUACAUGUAUUAUAUGACACGCGGGUGAAAAGGUCAAAAGUCCCAGAAGCAACUGCGAACGCAAAUAUUCUCUAUAGUCUUUCUCUCUUUAUUUCUUCAUCGUCGCUCUCUUUGCCUCGAUUGCGGGUUUUCGCGCAUAUAAGCAGCUUCGGGGAGAUUGAUAUAACACAGCGUACUGGUUCAUUGAUAAGCCAAAAGUCUGUCUGUGUGUGUGCAUACGAGAAAGAGUAAGCGAGGAGAGAGAGAAAAGAGGCAAAGAUAGGGGAUAUGACGUUUUUUUGACGCGAAAGCGCAUAUCGAGGGAUCGUCGUAAGAAAUCGGCGUAACGCACAAUCACACGGGCAAAGUUCGUCUAGACCGGUGGGUGUCAAGAAGCUGCCUCUCUCUCUCUCUCUCUCUUUCUUUCUCUUUCGAGCUCCUCCAGUUUCGGCCUCUGUCCUACGACGCUACAUCGACGGUCGCCGAUCAAUCAGUCAGUCGGUCUCUCGAGUCCAAUCGUCGACUACACGCACCUUCUCGGCAGCGAAUCUCGAGCAGCAGCUUUUCGGACUACUUGUUGGAUCCCCACUUUUCGUCGCGCUCGCGCCUACUAGCCAUCCAUAGAGAUCUACCAGAGCAGAGGCAGGCAGGCGACGACAAAUCAUACUCGCUCUAAAAAAAAAGCGCAAAAAGCAAAAAAUGGGCAUCUAGAAAUAGAGAAACACAGAAGUGGUGGAAUACAUAAUACACACGUAUACGCGCAAAGUCGCGCACAGAUCGGCAUAUCGGCGUUUCUUCUUGUGCGUAGAUAAAGAUUGGCUGCAUGCAGUCAAUAGAUAUCAUUACGGAAGGCUCGACGGCGUCGUUGGUCGCGGUUAUAAAAGAGCGCGGCGCCGGCGGCGAGAGUCAGAUAAUCAAGCAGGCCAAGACGGAAGAAGAUCUGAAACUAGGCAAGAGCAACGACGACAACAACAACCAAGACGACGAGGCCAAACUCGCCAAAAAGAAGCAGCAGCAAGAAGCGACGGAGCAGCGACCGAGUGGUCUUCAGGAUUGCAAAGUGUCGCAGGAGUCGUUGAAUCGAGCUCUGUCCUGCUCGUUCACGUUAGCCGCGCGAGCUGCCAAUGUCGGCAGCAGCAGCAGCAGUGUGAGUAGCAGUAGCAAUAACAGAAAGCACGUGGCGCACCAGCACGCCAACAGCCUCAACAGGAAGAUACAGCAGCUGACGGUGCAGUCGAGCAGCGCGAGCGGCGGCGAUCUCACCCCCAACAAGGAGGACUUUCGCAUUCUAUUCCAAUCCAAGUACCUGUUCGACGUCAACAGCAACAACUGCUGCAAUAAUUACAACAACAUGUCCGGCACAGAGUCGCGCAGCUACAGCUCCUCGGGCAGCAUGAUCGUCGUCAGCAACCGGCUGCCCUUCGUCCUCAAGAGGAACGAUCUCAGCGGCAAGCUCGAGCGCAAGGCCAGCGCCGGGGGUUUGGUGACUGCCGUCGCCCCGGUCGUCAUCAAUGGAAAUGGCAUCUGGGUCGGCUGGCCGGGUAUGCACAUGGACAACCCCAACGAGCAGAUACCCGAGUCCGAUCCCACCGACCGUACCCCCACGGCUGGACUCUUAUCCAAAAAGGUAGUAGCGGUGCACGUUGAGCCGACGGUCUUUGACUCGUACUACAACGGCUGCUGCAACGGCACGUUCUGGCCGCUGUUCCACUCGAUGCCCGACCGGGCGACCUUCAUCGCGGACCACUGGAAGGCCUACAGCACCGUGAACGAGGAGUUCGCCGCCAAGACCGUGAACGCCCUCGAGAUGAUCCACAAGGAGCAGGCGGGCCAGGUCAGUGGCACCCCCCUCGUCUGGGUCCACGACUACCACCUCAUGCUCUGCGCCAACUGGAUCCGCCAGGCCGCCGACGAGAAGAACCUCAAGCUCAAGCUGGGCUUCUUCCUGCACAUCCCCUUCCCGCCCUGGGACAUAUUCCGGCUGUUCCCCUGGGCCGACGAGAUCCUCCAGGGCAUGCUGGGCUGCGACAUGGUCGGCUUCCACAUCCAGGACUACUGUCUGAACUUUGUCGACUGCUGCCAGCGCAGCCUGGGCUGUCGGGUCGACCGCAAGAAUCUGCUGGUCGAGCACGGGGGUCGCACGGUGCGCGUCCGCCCGCUGCCCAUCGGCAUACCCUUCGACCGGUUCGUCUCCCUCGCGGAAACGGCGCCCAAGGUCAUGUCGACGAAUCUCAAGAUCGUCCUGGGGGUCGAUCGACUGGACUACACCAAGGGCCUGGUGCACCGGCUCAAGGCCUUCGAGAUGCUGCUGGAGAAGCACCCCGAGCACCGGGAGCAGGUGACCCUGCUGCAGAUCGCCGUGCCGUCGCGCACCGACGUCCGCGAGUAUCAGGACCUGAAGCUGGAGAUCGACCAGCUGAUCGGCAGCAUCAACGGCCGCUUCACCACGCCCAACUGGUCGCCCAUACGCUACAUCUACGGCUGCGUCAGUCAGGACGAGCUGGCGGCCUUCUACAGGGACGCCGCCGUGGCCCUGGUCACUCCGCUGCGCGACGGCAUGAACCUCGUCGCCAAGGAGUUCGUCGCCUGUCAGAUCAACACCCCACCCGGUGUGCUGAUCGUCUCGCCGUUCGCCGGCGCCGGCGAGAUGAUGCACGAGGCCCUCAUAUGCAACCCCUACGAGAUCGACGACGCCGCCGAGGUCAUACACAGGGCCCUGACCAUGCCCGAGGACGAGCGUACCCUCCGAAUGAACCACCUGCGCAGACGCGAACGAAUCUACGACGUCAAUCACUGGAUGAAGUCCUUCCUGCAGGUCAUGGGCUCGCUGGAGGAGCGCGACUCGGUCGGUGCCACGGUCAUGCAGCCCGUCACUAUGGACGACUUUGACGAUUAUUUGAGCAAAUACAUCGGUGACAAUCACAAAUUAGCCUUACUGUUGGAUUACGACGGAACCCUGGCGCCCAUCGCCACGCAUCCCGAUCUCGCGAUUCUGCCCCUCGAGACGAAGAACGUCCUCCAGAGGCUGUCCAAUCUCCCGGACGUCUACAUAGCCAUCAUCUCCGGCAGAAACGUCAACAACGUCAAGUCCAUGGUAGGUAUCGAGGGCAUCACCUACGCCGGCAAUCACGGCCUGGAGAUUCUGCACCCGGACGGCAGCAAGUUCGUCCAUCCGAUGCCGGCCGUCUUCGAGAGCAAAGUCGCCAGCCUCAUGCAGGCCCUGCAGGAUCAGCUGUGCAAAGAUGGAGCUUGGGUGGAGAACAAGGGUGCCCUCUUGACCUUCCAUUAUCGCGAGACGCCCAUGGAGCGUAGACCACAGAUGGUGGAGCAGGCCAAGAAGCUGAUCGAGGAGACGGGCUUCAAGGCCUGCGCGGCCCAUUGCGCCUUGGAGGCUAAGCCGCCCGUCGAGUGGAACAAGGGCCGAGCCUCCAUUUACAUUUUGCGCACGGCUUUCGGGCUCGACUGGAGCGAGAGGAUUCGGAUAAUUUACGCCGGCGAUGACAACACCGACGAGGACGCCAUGAAGGCUCUCAAAGGUAUGGCCGCGACAUUCCGCGUGGCUUCGUCGCACAUCAUACGCACGUCGGCGGAGCGUCGCCUGCCGAGCACCGACUCGGUCCUCACGAUGCUCAAGUGGGUCGAGAGGCACUUGAGCCGCCGCAAGCCGCGCAACCACCACGACAACUCCUCGAAAUUUCGUCGGGCUCAAUCCGGUAUUACUAUGGAAAUGUCUUUCACCCAGACCACGUAACAGACAUCGCACUCUCCCCGACUUUCAUUGUCUUAGAUAAUGACAUCCUUUUACUUUUUACCCCUCUUACUUUGUAAUCCGUAGGCGACGUCAAUGAAUAUCAUGACUAUCGUAUUUGUUAAAGCAAUUUUUUUUGUAUUUAUAAGAGAAUGCCGAGAGCCGCAUGUAAUCGAUUACCUUUUUCUGACACGAUUCUCAAACGACACGUAUCAGAAGUACGAGUGUUUGAUUUUCAUAAAAAUCAAAUGUCAAUUACCUUUAGAAAUAAUUUUAAUUUUAAU